GGUGUUGAGUCACGCGUCAAGGCACAAACCCUGAUGUGCAUCAUACAGUCUUGAAGGUAACCUCUCGGCAGUCGGGGAACUUCUCUUGGGUUUGCUCGGCAUUCCGCCGAAUGACAUUUGAUGAGCUCCGGUCAUGGGGCGGACGGCGGAUGCUGUCAGGCCGCCCAUGUCUCAGGCUCGGGGUGUAGUACUCAGCUGUCAAUCCUGCGGGAUAUCCAGUUUCAGUUUCCCGAGGGCCUGAUCUGCGGGACGGAAGCAGGUGUUGUUGGCCGGCAGUGGCGUCUGAUUCACAUUGCGCCGGUCAGCCGAAUCAAGAAAUGGCCGUGUCGAUACUCAGGGGCUUUUCCAUUAUCGCCCCGCCAUCGCUCGAGCAGAGCGGGUAAGUGCAUGAGCGAUCCAGCUGGUCUACUGGGCAGACUGGCCCGACUGGUUGUGCCCUCGAUUGGGCUCUUCGACACCUCCGGAUUUGAACCCUUCGUCAACCCAGCCAUUCGGAAGGACACGCGACGUGUGUGGGUCUCCUUUCGAGUCCGGCUAAGCAGGAACCCCUUACUGCCCGUCUUGACGCGACUUCGUGCAAUCCCAUGCCAUAUCAACCGCCGAAUGAAAAUCUGAGCUGCAAGCACCCGUGCUCGAGUUGUUGCCCCCGUCGCCUUCUCAAGGACCUCUCUCACUUCGGACGUAAGGGGCAAAAGAUACAGGUUUGGUUGAGAGUCGAGGGCUUCCAGAGAUGACUUGGCGGUAAUAGACGGUUAUGUACGAGCUCAGUUGCAGCGUGAUUUUCAGGGUUGGUUUCUCACAUGUUUGGUAAGCAUGACGGAGUCGGAGACGAUCG